GCUGCUGCUGCUGCUGCUGCUGCUGCUGCUGCUGCUGUUGCUGCUGCUGCUGCUGCUGCUGCUGCCGCAGCACUACUUUACUACUCGCCACUGCCGACAGAUGUUUCGAUAAAAUAUUCUGUAUGCAGGAAAUCAAUCAUCCUCGCUUCUUUUUAA